UGUUCAGUGUUCGCUGGAGGACUUUUAUUUUGGCGCUUCCCGUUGCUCGUAGGAGCGGAAGUUUUGCAGUGUGUCACACGUGUUUAUGAAAACUCAGAAAAAUGGCGAAAAACGGCAAAUUAAAGCAGAAAUCAAAGUUUACGAGUGGCGUAAAACCGAGGAAGAAGCAGAGGAAAUGUGUGCUGAUGUUCGACGACAAAGACAGACAAGACUUCCUGACGGGUUUCCACAAGCGUAAAGUGGAGCGGCGGAAAGCGGCGCUGGAGGAGAUCAAGAACAAGCUGAAGGAGGAGCAGAAGCGCGUCAGAGAUGAGAGACACAAAGAGUAUCUGAAGAUGCUGCAGGAGCGCCGACAGGCUAUGGAUGAAGCAGACGAGCUGGUGGAUGCGAUCACAGGCACUACAGAGAGCGUUCAGUACGACCAUCCCAACCACACCGUCACCGUGACGACCAUCAGCGACCUCGACCUAUCAGCAACCAGAUUACUGGAGCCAGAUCAGCAGAGAGAGGAAGAGCGUGAGGAGGGAGGAGGAGGAUGGUGGAAAAAUACAAGCCCUUCCGAAGAAAGCUGGACACCCCCUCAUGUCCAAAAAGAUCCAGAGACUCACUUCGUCACUGAACACCUUCACCAAACAGAAGAAGAACAGGAAACGGAUGCCCAAACAGGAAAUGAGGCAGAGAAAGCAUCAGAGCGACGGGAAGUCGUCAUCGUUCGCUCAGAACAAGAAGCUACGAAAGGGAAAAACCACCGUGAGAGAGCGACGCAGGCGAACGGGCCGGAACGAGCGCUAUCAGGACUGACGAGCGUCAGACGACAGAGCGGCGGCGGCAGUGAUUAUCCGACUGACGCUCCGCUAAACUCACAGACUGUCCAUCGCCGGUGUGUUUCUACUUCACGUGUUUGAUACCUUAAGGACAUUAAAAAGGAAUCUUUCA